AUGACCAACCAAGACUCAUUAGAACCUUCCGAGUUCUGGCUAUAUGGAUACGGUGAGGAUCACCGAGGCACCCCGGAAGCUCCAGGUCGUGUUGUCACUCUCAUUGAAAGAUCGUACUGGGAACAGCUGACCGACCAUCACGACUCUGCCCCAGAGCGAGUAUGGGGUGUUGCUUACCGCAUCAUUCCCGAAAAGGUUGCUGAGGUCAAGGAAUACCUUGAUAUCCGUGAGAUCAACGGAUAUACAAUUCACUACGCUCCGUUCAAACCUGCUGAUGGCUCACCUCCCAUCCGCACUCUGGUAUACAUCGGAACUCCAGACAAUGAGCAGUUCGUCGGCCCGCAGGACCCCCAGAAGCUCGCCGAACACAUCUUCCGUAGUCAAGGACCCAGCGGUCCGAACAAGGACUACCUCUUGAGCCUCGACACGGCUCUCAGUGAGCUUGCUCCUGAUAGUGGUGACGUUCAUAUUCAUGACCUCGCCCGCCGUGUCAGAGAACUCGAGAAGAACUGCGCAGACGAGGAGAAGGUCCUCAACUCAACGCCAUCCGCCCAUAUGCAGAAGCAUAGUACCGAGGAGGCAGAGGAAAUCGAGGAGCCACACCAUUAA